GAGGUGAAAUAUGGAGUCACAUCAACAUAUGAUUCCAGCCUUUCCAUGUAUACCGUGCCACUAGAGAAGGGCAACUCGGAGAUGUAUCGGCAGAGGGAGGCCCGUGCUGCUCGCCUGGCCAGUGAGAUUGAGUCCAGCCCCCAGUAUCGCCAUCGUGUCGGUCUGGAAAAUGAUGAGGGCAAAAGCGAGGAAGACAAAUACAGUGCUGUGGUGCGGGAUGGCGGUGAUCGUGAGAGGGGCCGCGAGAGUCCCCGUGACAGAGAGCGCGAAAGGGGCCGAGACAGUCCUGGAGCCAGCAGCAGGGAGGGCAAGUACAUUCCAUUACCUCAACGUCAGAGAGAGAUGAACCGUGAGCGGGAGCGCACUGAGAGAGGUCCUGGUGGGCCUCCACCCCACAACCGUCUCAGCGGAGGUUAUCGCUCCAAUCCUCCAUCCUCCUCUUCUCCCAGACCCCCACUGCCCUCUGCUGCUGGGCCCCAGUCUGGCGUCUCCCCUUCAGAGAGAAACAGCCCUCUGUCAGGCCGAGGUGGAGCCUAUGCUCCCCACCACCCACAGGGAGCCCCAAGCCCAGGCCCAAACUCUGGCCCUGCAAGCCCAUACACACCUGCUUCUCCGGGAGGACCAGCCCCCUCGCCAGCCUCUGCUCCUGCUGCCCAGUCCCCAGCCAGCCCCCCUGCCCCACACGGACACUCAGUCCCUCAUUCCCACUCACUCCCACACUCGCUGUCAGACGCUGGCAGGCCUGUCAAUGGAAUCUCUACAAGAACAUCUCCUAAAGCCCAAAGACCUCCACAGUCGAGCAGAACAGUCCGUAGUUCAAACUCACACACUCAGUCCACAGCUACUCGCUCUCCUAAAUCAGGUUCUUCCCAGGACACGCCUUAUUUGGACACAUCGUCUGUCUCCUUGCCUCCCCAGAAGACGUCUGGCCCCGCCCCUCUCUUCCCUGUCGAUGUGAAUGAGAUUCUUGGUGCAGCUGCAAAAGAACGUGCCGCAGAGAGCCCCAGCAGCACAGAGGAUAGCAAGAGUAGUAAAGCUCCCUCAGUUCAGCAAAGGUCACAGAUUGAGGAGUUGCGGAAAUUUGGCAAGGAAUUCAGG